GUCUGUCUGUCUGUCUGUCUGUCAGAGGCUGGCGCAUCCACUAUUUUCAUGAUCUGAAGCCGCCCUGCAUGGAUACACCAUGGCUACCUUUAUCUGCCGGGUCCAGUUCUUAGAUGAUACUGAUCCAUUUAACAGCACCAAUUUCCCGGAGCCCACCAGGCCCCCUCUGUACACCUUCAGGGAGGAUAUUCCUCUCAUCAAUCAGAUUGCUGGAGUCCACCGGCUGCUGAAAGCCCCGCAGAAGCCGGAUGACUGUGCCCUUCAGCUGUCCCAUAAUGGAAGCUACCUGGACCUGGAGUCGACCCUGGCGGAGCAGAGAGAUGAACUGGAGGGAUUUCAGGAGGAAGGAGGAAGGGGAAAGAAACACAGCGUUAUCCUCCGAACGCAGCUGUCCGUCAGAGUCCACGCCUGCAUCGAAAAACUCUACAACUCAACUGGACGGGAGCUGCGGAGAGCCCUCUUUUCCCUCAAGCAGAUUUUUCAGGAUGACAAGGACCUGGUGCACGAGUUUGUUGUGGCGGAAGGACUGACGUGUUUGAUAAAAGUCGGCGCUGAAGCCGACCAGAACUACCAGAAUUACAUCCUGCGGGCUCUGGGUCAGAUAAUGCUGUAUGUGGAUGGGAUGAACGGCCUCAUAUCUCACAAUGAAACGGUCCAGUGGCUUUACACUCUAGUGGGAUCCAAGUUCCGCCUGGUGGUUAAGACGGCCCUGAAGCUGCUGCUGGUGUUUGUGGAGUACACAGAGUCUAAUGCCGACCUGCUCAUCAAGGCUGUGAAUGUUGUGGAUGCCAAAAGAGGAACAAAACUGUGGUCAAACGUGAUGGAGAUCCUGGAUGAGAAGGAUGGAGUGGAUACAGAGCUGCUGGUGUACGCAAUGACACUCAUCAACAAGACUCUGGCGGGCCUCCCGGACCAGGACUCGUACUACGACAUGGUGGACUGUCUGGAGGAGCAGGGUGUUGAAGCCGUGGCCCAGAGACACCUGAGCAGGAAAGGCACCGACCUGGACCUGGUGGAGCAGUUCAACAUCUACGAGAUGACUCUCCGCCACGAGGACGGAGACGAUGAGACCCAGUUACCCGCGAGCGUCCGCAAAGAGCGGCGGCGGGCGAGCGUUGGUGGCACCAACGAGCGGCGAGGCCUGGAGCGGAGACGCAGCCGCAGACAUUCGCUCCAGAACAGCCGAGGCCACGCCUCCGCUCCAGCAUCACCCAGCAGCUCUCACACUGGAAACAGCUUCCUGCCCUUCGGUGGACAACGAGUCGAAGACAUCAGUGAAAGUCUGACAGAUAUAAACAACUCUCCUACACCUUACACAGCUAGAAAGCCCUGCUGGGCUGAAAGAAUCAGUGCCAACGGCAGCCCGUACCCUGGCCGCCACCAGGCCGCUACAACAACCAUCCACCGCUUCACCAGCUCAGCUACCGCCACACCAGACUCCAAACCAGCCGACAGACCCACUCUAGGAGGCUUGCUAACUUCCUCAUACAGACAGCAUCAGGAGUCUCUGGCUGCAGAGAGAGAGAGGAGACGCCUGGAGAGAGAAGAACGUCUGCAGAGGAUUGAAAGAGAAGAGAGGAACCGCUUCAAUCGAGAUUAUGUUGACAAGAUGGAAGAAGCGAGACACGCCAGAGAGGAACGGUACAAGGCGGUGGAGCGGCUCGCUGCCGAGGAGUUUGAGCGUGAGCGGCCCAGGGCGCCAGCACGAGGACGGACAGAGAUCACUUUAUGUUUGAGCUCUAACCCCGCCAGCCGCUCGGCGUCCCGCUGCACCACGCCUUCAUCUGUUAUCUCACAGGACGACGCUGCACACCUGACGCCAGGAACAGAACUUAUCUCAGAGCCAAACCUGGACCCUCAGACCAGAACCAGAACCAGGAGUCCAGCGCCAGAGUUAACAGCAUCACAGCCUCCAUCAGAGCCAGACAGGCAGCAGACGGAGACGGAGACACAGGACGGAGCUGAAACUAAACAGAAUGUAGCAUCAGAUGAACAAUCAGCUGUGGAGAAAGAAGAGAAGCCAGAGGAGGAGAAGACAGAAGAACAGACUCAGUGUACGGAGGAGGUAGAAGCAGGAGAACAGGUAGAAGAGGAGGAGGAGGGAGCAGAUGGAGCAGAGGUGGGAGAAACAGAUGUGGAGGUGAAUGUGGAGUUAAAGGAGGAGUUUGAGAAGCCGACGGAGAGGGACGUAGAAGACGGCGUGUUGCUGAGUGAGAAGGAGAGACAGAACGAGGAAGUGAAUGAGAAGGACAACUGCUCCGCCUCCAGCAUCUCCUCCACCAGCAGCACGCUGGAGAGGGAGGAGCGCGAGGAGAAGCUCACCAAUGACAUUGAAGCAGGCCAGUGGAGCCAGUGCAUUAAAGACGCAGAUGUGAACGACCAGUGUAACAAGAUCCUGAACAGCAAGCGCUUCAUGCUGGACAUGCUGUACGCUCAGACGGCCAGCAGCGAUGAAGGGAACGUAGCAGAGACGGAGAAGGAGAACUGUAAAUGUGAGAAGGAGGGCGAGGCGGGCGACUCCUCGGUGGCGAGCCUGGCCAGCAGGAUCUCCACGCUGGAGGCCCACAGACAGGCCAGGGAGGAGAACGUGAAGAAGAUGGAGGUGGGACACCUGGACAACCAGGGCAGCGUCCGAGCCGUGGCCGAGAAGUUUGGAGACUUGGUGAAAGGUUUGACGUCUCCUCCGGAGGUGGAGGCCUCCUCCAAGGAGCAGCAGCAGACUGAUAAACCCUCCAGCGCCUCCUCGUCUCCGUUACCCCCCAAGAAGGAGUCGGACCACAUCUGGGACCAGCUGAUGGCGUCCCCCAGGGAGCUGAGGAUCAAAGAGAUGGACUUCACCGACCUGAGGGACGAGGACGACAUGGACAUCUUAGACAUGGACAGUAUGAUGAGGACGGGGGACCUGAAUCCUCCUCCUCCUCCUCCUCCUCCUCCUCCUCCAUGUAAUGCUGCCCUGCCACCAGCCCCGCCCCUCUUCGGCUGCCCCCCUCCUCCUCCUCUCCUUGGUAAGAUGAUGCCCCCGCCCCCUCCCUUCAUGCCCCCCAUCCCUCCUCCGUCCCCCCAGCUGAGUCGAGGGGAGCUGCCUCUCUUCCAGAAGAAGAAGAAGACCAUCCGUCUCUUCUGGAACGAGGUGCGUCCGGUGGACUGGCAGUGUAAGAGUCAUAAAUUCUGUAAGGAGUCCCUCUGGUCCAAACUGGACCCGGUGAAGCUGGACACGUCCAAGCUGGAGCAGCUGUUCGAGUCCAAGUCCAAGGAGCUGCCUGUCACUAAGAAAGCAGCUGUUGAUGGAAAACGUCAAGAAAUCAUCGUCCUGGAUUCAAAACGCAGCAACGCUAUAAACAUCGGCCUGACUGUGUUACCUCCUCCCCGCACCAUUAAGACGGCCAUCCUCAACUUUGAUGAGUACGCACUGAACAAGGAAGGCAUAGAGAAAAUCCUGACAAUGAUCCCCACGGAGGAGGAGAAGCAGAGGAUCCAGGAGGCCCAGCUGGUCAGCCCUGAUAUCCCUCUGGGCAGCGCCGAGCAGUUCCUCCUCACCCUCUCCUCCAUCACAGAGCUGUCUGCUCGCCUGCAGCUCUGGGCCUUCAAGAUGGACUACGAGCUUAUUGAGAAGGAAGUGGCGGAGCCUCUGCAGGACCUGAAGGAAGGGAUGGACCAGUUAGAGAAGAACAAGACGCUGCGCUACAUCUUGACCACGUUGCUGGCCAUCGGCAACUUCCUCAACGGCACUAAUGCUAAAGGCUUUGAGCUGAACUACUUGGAGAAGGUCCCGGAGGUGAAGGACACGGUGCAUAAGCAGUCCCUGCUGCACCACGCCUGCUCCAUCGUGGUGGAGAAGUUCCCAGACAGCACUGACCUCUACUCUGAGAUAGGAGCCAUCACCCGCCUCACCAAGGUGGACUUCGAUCAGCUUCAGGACAACCUGGCCCAGAUGGAGCGAAGGUGCAAAGCAUCAUGGGAUCACCUCAAGGUCAUUGCCAAACAUGAGAUGAAACCAGCGUUGAAGCAAAAAAUGUCAGACUUCCUCAAAGACUGUGCAGAGAGAAUCAUUAUUUUGAAGAUUGUACAUCGCAGAAUACUCAACAGGUUUCAUGCCUUUCUGCUGUUCCUGGGCCAUCCGAUAUACGCCGUCCGUGAGGUCAGCAUUCACCGCUUCAGUAAGAUCUUGAGUGAGUUUGCUCUGGAGUAUCGCACAACGAGAGAGCGCGUGCUGCAGCAGAAACAGAAGAGGGCCAACCACCGAGAGAGGAACAAGACCAGGGGAAAAAUGAUAACAGAUAGUGGUAAGUUUGGCGGCGGCCCAUCAGACGGUCAGGAGAUCCAGCCUCAGGGGAUCCAGUACGCUGAGGAUGCAGCAGAACAUGAGAACAUGAAGGCGGUUCUGAAGAGCAGCCUGCAGCCCGGAGACAGCGGGCCGUCCACGGUGCCGGGCCUCCGCACGCGCACCAGAGCCAGCAGCACCAGAGGGCGUGUCCCCCCGUGGUGCUCUGCCAGUGACGAGCCAGUGAACGGGACAGACGACACCGCUGAUGAGAUCAUGGAGAGGAUUGUUCGGUCAGCGACUCAGGGGCCCAGCCAGCGGACGCAACCUCGGGAGAGGAGACGAUCCAGAGCCAACCGGAAAUCACUGAGGAGGACUCUGAAGAACGGUCUGACCACGGAGGAGGCUAACGCUCUGGGUUUGUCCAGCGGCUCAGAGAUGCAGGUGUGACUGGACGUGAGGACGUCUGGAGCCCUUUCACUGCCCCGCCAUCGCCUGCACCCAACCUGGCAACCCAACCUGGCAACCCACGCUCCCUCAGCUUCGAUGAGUUGACCUCAUCUUAAUGCGUUUGGUUCACAUAUGCUUGACACAAGUGCUUCUCUGAAGAGAGUGGAUAAAAGGUUUUAUUCAUGAACUGAGAGAACUCAGAGACAGAAACAGAGCGCUGCAUUCAGCUUCCUGCUGCUGGAGGAACAUGAUGACUCACACGCUUCAUCACAAUCAUCCUUCCAACGGGACAUCGCAUACAAACACCUGCGCAGAAAGUGUGUUUUUUGAAAGUUGGCAGUGCGUGUGCUUCACUCUCAGUGGCCUUGACUGAACCCAAAGGGCAGGAAGUGUCCAGACACUAAACUCUCACUGCUUCACAGACAAACUGAAAGACGUUUCAUCUGUUGAAUGGAUGCUUUGUGCAGAGGGUUAUUAUACUACUGUGGUAGUUUUGUGUUUCUUUUCAUUUUGCUCAAGAAGGUGCUCAAAUAAGGAACAUUUGCACUGGAUGUAAAGUUGGGUAUCAAUGGAAUGUGAAAUCCUUGACACUGAUGAACCACUGACAUCUGAAAACAACUCACCAGUUUAACCAGCAAAUCAACAGUAGCACAGUUUUUAACGUCUAAACAAAGAGGACAUAGUGGAGGCAGAACAGCACAGAAGGCUUGUUAAAUGUCUUUUUGUUGACUGGAUAAGAAGUAAUUAAUCAUCUUUUUAAAGAUCAUAUCAACAGUUUAGUUACUGUGGAGGAAAUCACUAGUUUCAGACUUUUAUGCUCAUCAACAUUUUUAGCUGAAACAAAUGAAUUCAAGUUGCAUCAUGUGACCUAUUUCCAAGGAAAGCAUGCGCAGUGUUAGGUGAGCAAUCUUCAGAGUUAAUUAAGUCGUUUUAUUUUCUAGAAACUAUGAGCUGCACAUCUCAGAGUGCCUUUCAGAGACAGUUAUUUAUUAAGUGGUUUUCAGGGACAUAUAAUCAAGAAAAUGUUACUAGAGAUGUGCAGUCUGUGAGAGGAUAAUACUGCAAUGAUCAUCAUUCACGAGCUGUGAUUUAUUUUUAACCAGUGUUUUUAAACUUUUCUUUUUUUUCUCCAUGUUAUGUCUUGGAUCAAACAGUAUGUUAUAAAGAUAGCUUUUAAGUAUUUAUGACAACUUAGGGAUGGGACAUGCACAUUAGCUGUAUCUUGUUGCCUUACUGUAGAAUAUGGACAUGCAUUGUUAAAAAAAUAGACCGGGCCAAAUUAAUGUGUACAACUGGCAUCACUGGAGAUCACAUGUUUUCAUUCAUAUAAUAUUAAUUCUCUAACUAUGAAUGUGAACAUCAGGGGUAAGAUUAUAAUUAGUAAUAUGAAAAAUCUCCCAAAAAUUGACAUUUUAAAACAUGUAAAUCUAAGAAGGAGUUUUGAUUCUGUAGGUCUGUUUUUUGACUAUUUCUGACCUCAUUGUGCUAUUAAUUUGGAACGGCCUUGACUAAAUUUAUAAUAAUUUCAGCUUAUAUCAUGGCAAGGUAAAAAUGUUCACUGUGAUGGAAACAUAGCCAUGGAGAGAAAAUCAGAAUGGAGCUACGUAAAACCACACCAGCAGUACGGUUUGUUUGUUUGGGGCUUUUUGUUUAGAAUUUCCUGAAACUUUUCAGCACCUUAGACUUCAUGUGUAGCAUGCAACUUAGUAGAAGUGAAGUUAUGGAGGAAGAGCUCAUCGUGUUUCCCAGAUUGUACUGAUUUUUGUCAAAAACAAGACUAGUAGAUGUGUAAAGUAAUAUAGGGAGAAUGCUGUAAAAUGAUGUACAUGUCAUGAUGUCUUUAUGUUGUUCCUGUUGGAUUUUGUUGUUGUUUUUUUUGCUCCAUGUGUAGAAUAGUGUAUCAUAGACUAAAAGCAGUAUUAUUCUAAAUAUAAUUUAAGCAAACCAAGCCAUGCAUGGUUUAAAAAGGUGUCACUUCUGCUUGAAAAACAAAAGGAGGUUCACCUUCAGAGCUUUAGGUUUGUGUUCUGAAACUCACAAACUUCACAGACUGCAAAGUGAACAAACGUGGUGAAAGACGCAGUGAUGAAGUCACCAUCUGGUCCUGUGGAAGCCUUUUGAUUUCAUUGCACUCAACAUUCUCUUCUUUUAAUUUAACAUUAGCCCACCACACACAUUGCUGCCUGUGCCAUAAGAUCACUGUGGAACUUGGACACAACUGCUAUACUACUAAGGCUUCUAUUGCGCCUAUGCCCACAGCAAAAACUAUGUAACAAAUACAAUAAAAAGGCUCAAAAAACAUUUGAUGGC